AUGCAAACCUUCCGGAAGCUGGUGGCCAUGGUGCUACUGCUGCUAAUUCACUUGCUGACGUUACAAAUCGGUGACGCGGGAACGCGCAACCACACGAGCGACGUUUCGCACGUCCGGAACGACCCUCGGAAAGUCAUCCUGGAGGAGAUGACCGUCGCCGGAAGCGGAAAUAACACGCGCGUGAUCGCGAACGCGGUACUGGCGGAGGACGCGUCGAGGCUCGACGACGAGGUGCUCUCGCUCCUGCAGUCCAAGCGCGAGACACGGCCGGGGAGCGGAUAUCCGUGGAAGACGCCGCGGUCGGAUCGGGAGGGCGAUCAGGAUGCGGCACAGUCGAGCGCCACGGUCGUCAGCGAGCCGCACGACGAGGUGGACGAUCUGGGGGACGACGUGGAGAUAAUGAGUCGUGUGAUCGCGAGAUACGAGCCGCAGCGACUCACGUCGAGGAAGACCAAGAGGAGAAUCGGAGUCGAUCGCUCGAACGGCACUCACGAUGUCGAUGGUAAAAUCGCGAAAUCAAGAGCGGACCUCGAGAAGGCUUACGCCGAGGUGCUGAGAAACAUAUCGCGGAAGGCGCCGGUGACGGUGAGAAACGACGCGGCGACGUCGAAUCCCUACUUAUCCCUGGCGGUGAAGCAAUUCAAGAAAAUCUACUCCGUUCCGGAAGUGCAGACGAUCCGUCCCGCGGCUAACGGCGACGGAGCGGAGAAGAGGUCGCGUCCCGAGGUGAACUCCUCCUUCACGUCGCCCAUUCUCCACGACGCGGACGGCAAGAAGUCGAGAAGGUUACUUAAAAAGUACUCGCAAUUAAAUCGCACCGCCACAACUCCGCGAUUCUCAUCGGUCGAAGAGUCCGACGAGGAAUCCGGCGAAACCGGGAAACCCGUCGGCACGCCCGCGGGACACUUCAAGGUGUCCAACGGAAAGACGAGGAGCAAGAACGGAUCUGCAACAGCAUCCAACGUUUAUUCCGGUCCAACGGAAGAGCCGAAGAGUCGUUACAGUAAAUGGACCUUUCGAGACUUCUCGUUUCAGCCUGUAACUCCAUUUACUUCCUUGCUGAACAACAGUAACUCCAACAACGUUAUUAAUGCAAAAGGUCUGAGAAAUCUAAACGUCCCGAGCGACGCGAACGCCGCUCGAUCGCCGCCGAGGUACAAGGUGGUACCGAGGCCAUUUUCCAUAUCGCCCGACUCGUUCGUCACCCCGAGCGUCGUCGACGCGUCGUACGGAAAGCCGAGCCCCUCACCGGCGAGCUUCAGUCAUCGCCGGCAACAGGCCACCGGCCGUUCUUCCUCCGCGAGCGUGCUUCCGCUGGUACUUCCGACGGAUCUCUUUAGCCCGCCCGCGGCGCGCCGUUAUCUCCCGAUAAAGCGCGCGAAUCAUCUCGCUCGCGACUCGACGACGGUCGUCGGCACCACCGAGGCAAGUCCGCCGGCGAGUCCCCCCGUGGCGGAGAGAACCACCCUCGCGAAUUACGACGCCGUUUACAAAGCCGUGAUUGGCGCCACGACCAGUCCUUCGGUCACCACCGCUGCAGAUAGCCAGCGAAGCUACGACCCGUCGGGUUAUUACAGAGCCAUCGCAGAGAGCCCGACCGAGCGGACUGUCACCGGCGCCGGCGGAGCGAUCAACUUCGCGGCAACUUACAUACCCGGUCAAACGUCCGCCGCCCCGUUCAACACCGGCGUUCAACAACAACAAGGGCAGAACAAGGUCUCGCUGCAGGCCGGCGCUCGCAGGAGCGACUCUUCGCCGGGAAUCGCCGCCUACGACAAUGCCCGCGAGGCCGGGAGGUCGAGUUUAAAUGAAAACGCCGGAAUAAUCGCGCGCUACGACAAAUUCGCGAGUUUGCACUCGGCUAACAUCCCCAAUGCGCUCCCCAACGCGCCGCGAGCAAUUACGCCAGACUUUAGGCAGCCGGCAGCGCCGUCGUCGCAAGUUCCCGCCCGUCCUUACGCAACUUUGAAGCCUCUCGCUCCCACGUUGCUGAAAGUUCGACCGAUCGCCACCUCCAAAUCCACACCGUAUUACGACAGCAGAUUAUUCGUCUCGCAAGACGCAGACGAAGAGCGUAAGAGGAGUAACGACGAGAAGGUCGAGACGAACGAGCGGCCUCGCGCUGAAGACGCGGACGACGAGAUUGAGGAGGAAGAUUACGACGAUAAUGACAACGUCGGAAAUUAUAAAACUCAAGUCGAUCGAGGGGCUUAUAAAGUUUACAAGACGUCGAAUAAACAGCGCGAGAGGGAAGAUCGCGAAGAGGAGGAGAAGGAAGAUCGUUAUCCGCAGCAGAGCCGUAGUUAUGGACGUCAAGAUGAACGUUAUGAAUAUAAUGAAAAUAACGGCAGUAAAAAUGACGAUAGACGAGAAAAAGAUGAGAAUGUUCGGCGUGAGAAUAACAAUGAUGAAGAAGAAGUCGAUGAAACAGAAGAAGAAGAAGAAGAAGAAGAAUAUGACAGAAGAAAUAAAGAUAAAGGCAAUGAUAGUCGUCAUUAUCAAUACGAUCAAUCAAUCAAUAAGUAUAAAUAUGAUAGGGACAAUUCUGACGAAGCGCAGCGUGAGAGGCCACGCUACGAUCGUAAGAAAUAUGACAAACCGAAGGAUCGUCGCGAUAAGCAUGAAAGCGACAUUGGGGAUCGAUUGAAAAGUAACAGUAAAUAUUCUAAAUCACUGUAUAAUGACGAACAGAGUAAGGAAGCUCAUGAGCGGAGUAAAGAAUAUCGCGACCGCUCUGACAAAAAGAAAUUAGAGGGCGCUAAGCAGCACAAGGAAGAUCGACAGGACCGACAAGAUCGCAUAUAUAAAGAAGCUGAAGAUGAGAGCGCUGCCGAAGUCCAACCGUUCGUUCGGCGUUCUAAAGAUCAACGUCUUCACGGACAAGACGAGAAAUACGAGGAGGAGCAGAACGAUGACGAUGAUAAGCGCAAGUAUCACCGUCAUCAGGCGGUUCCGCGAGGAGACUACUUGCCUCGCGAAGAGCGCGAGGAAUAUGGCGAAACUAAUCCCGCUCACACACGCGAGGAAUAUCAUCGUCAGCGCGCCAGGGAUGAUCAUCGUGAUCAUCAUGGACACGAUAAUAAAGAUCAGGAUGAUGCUCAAGGUGGUGUAGAGGAAGCGGCUGAUCACGUGCACGGCGAGACUCAGGAACACGCGCACAAACACGAGGAGCACCACGAGAAAAAGAAGGAUGGAGGAGAUCACAAGUUUGAGGAAGGUGGAGGUGAGGAACAUGAGAAGGAGCACCACGGGCAUGAGGGAGAGAAAGGCGAGAAGGGAUACAAAGUCUGGCACGAGCACGAGAAGGCCGAAAAGGGGCAUCACGACAAGGAACAGGCCAGCAAACACUACGACGAGAAAGACGGCGAGGAGAAGAAACACGAGGAGGAGGGUGGAUAUCACGAGGAGCAUCAUCACGACGAAGAUGGCAAGAAGACGGCGGAAUUCGGCGAGAAAGGCGAGCAUAAGAAGGGCCACACUACCCAUGGUGAACAUUCGGUGCACAAGAAGGACGAGUACGAGAAGAACACUGAGUUUUUCGACGAGUUCCACGAGGACGGCGAGGCGGCGAAGCACGGCGAGCACCAUCACGAGCACGAGUCGAAGAAGGGCGGCCACGAGAAGAAGGGGCAUCACGACAGCGCGGAUCACGAGGAGAAGCACGGCAAGGAGGAGAAGCACGAGAAGGGCGGCCAUCAUCACGAGCACAAGGGCCACAAGAUCGACGAGGGUCACGAUCAUCAUUACGAUCACGAUCACAAGCACGGCAAGAAGGAGGGGCACGAGCACGGGAAGAAGUGGAGCUUCAAGAAGGGCGACGACGGCGAUCAUAAGCACAAUCGCUGA